UUAAUCAGGAGUUCUUUGGGCGGGAGAGGUUGGAGGCGAUAGUGCCGAAGGGGGCCUCCGUGUUGGAGGGCAGUUUGAACCCUUCGGCUCUGAUGAGCCAGAUGCUGCCGUCGGCCGACCGACUGGCCCUUGCCCGGCUGGACGAGGGACCCCUCGAGGCGAAGGUCCUCCUGAAUGCCGCCUCCGCUUUUAUGGGCCUCUGCGAGCACCUUCGAAGGGUGGAUCAAAUGAGGGAGGCCAAGGGUGCCGCCGAGGGGGAGGCCGCCCUUCUCAGGAAGAAGCUCGCUGAAGCCGAGGACUCUCUCCGGCUAGCCACCGACAGCGUGGAACAGAGGGUGCAGGCUGCAAGGGCCGAAGGGGUCAAUGAGGGGCUAGCCAGGGCCGGGGAGGCCGCCGCCGAGGCCGCCUGUAUUGCUACCGAUGAAGCCCGUGCGGCUCAAGAAGAGGCCGUCUCCAAGGCCCGAGAGGAUGCGGUGGCCAGCUUCAUGGCCAAAGGGUGGAAGGCCGAAGACCGGAGGGAGUGGCUCGCUUCGGUGGUGGGGGCUUCAGUAGACGAGUGGGUCGGGGGCCCCGGGAAGAUGUGGCUUGCUGAGAGGGGCGACUCGUACUACCAAGGCGGGGAGUUCUUCACCCAACGCCUCAUCUACCGGAAGCUUGCGAAGCACUUCCAGGUGGCACCGGAGGAGUUCCGUCCCGAGGCUUAUGGCCUCCCCCCC